GUCGUGGAGUCGAACCCGGAUCCAGCAGUGACGCUACUUCGCUACCUGAGGACUAAGUUACGUCUGACGGGCAGCAAACUAGGAUGUGGCGAGGGCGGAUGUGGGGCAUGUACUGUCAUGGUGUCCCGAUACAACAGUCACACCGACACUAUAUCCCACUACUCAGUGAAUGCGUGCCUGGCUCCCGUCUGUUCUCUCCAUGGCCUGGCUGUCACUACAGUAGAGGGUAUAGGCAGCACCAAGACCAGGCUACACCCAGUACAGGAACGCCUAGCUAAAGCCCAUGGCUCUCAAUGUGGGUUCUGCACACCAGGCAUCGUCAUGUCCAUGUACACUCUGCUCAGAAACAACCCACAACCCACACAACAACAGAUGGAAGAAAACUUCAGUGGUAACCUUUGUCGCUGUACCGGCUACAGACCCAUACUCCAGGGGAUGUCAUCAUUUGCAAAGGUAGCUCUUCAGGGCGCUUGCAGUAUGGGAAACCAGUGUUGCCGUGUAAGCACCCCAGAUUCAUCAAGUGGAGCCACCAAAGGGCAAGUCGACUGUGGUUCCAAUGAUGUCUCAAACAGUGGGUCUGAUAGUGCCAUAAAGUAUGACCCCUCACAGGAGCCGAUCUUUCCCCCGGAACUAAAGACCAAGUAUCAGAUGUACGACACUUCACUGAGGUUCUCUUCUGAAGACGUCACAUGGUAUCGCCCUGUUACUCUCGAUGAACUAUUUGACUUGAAGAACAACUUUCCCACUGCUAAGAUAGUGGUAGGCAACACCGAAAUAGGAAUAGAAACCAGGGUUAAAAACAUGGAUUACCCCAUAGUGAUAGCUGCCACUCACAUUCCAAAGUUACAUCAAGUUGAGAUUUCAACCAAUGGCAUCACGUUUGGAUCAUCAGUUUCCCUAGCAACCAUGGACGAGGUGCUGAGGAAAGCCGUUACGGAUAUGCCAGAAUACAAGACAAGAAGCUUCAGAGCCUUUACAGAGAUGCUGCAGUGGUUUGGUGGUCAUCAGAUUAGAAAUGUGGCGAGCAUCGGUGGAAACAUCACAACAGCCAGUCCCAUAUCUGACCUGAAUCCCUUGCUUGUCGCAGCCAGAGCAACCCUCAUUGUUGGAAGGAAAAACAGCAACGCACGAGAGGUCGUCAUGGAUGGAGACUUCUUCAAGGGCUACCGGAAGACUGCAAUCCAAGAGGGAGAUGUUCUGCUAUCUGUAACGAUACCAUACACCCGUGAGAACGAGUAUUUCAGAGGCUUCAAGCAAUCUCAUCGGAAGGAGGACGACAUCUCCAUUGUGAACUCCGGAAUGGCGGUGAGAUUCCUGGAAGGAACUGGCGUCGUGGAAGACCUUCUGUUAGUGUAUGGUGGCAUGGCAGCAACGACAGUGUUGGCGUCCAACACCAGGGAAGGACUCCGACAACGGGAAUGGAACGAGCAACUGUUUGAAAGGGCUUGUGAGUUACUGGCGAGUGAUCUCCCCUUGGAACCUGGGUCACCAGGUGGCAUGGUAGAAUACCGCCGUACACUCACAACCAGCUUCUUCUUCAAGUUCUUUGUUGAUGUCAGAGAAAAGCUGCACAGGUGCAAGGAUAGUGCGCGGGAUGGCACAGAAGUUCUCGCGAAGGAUGUAACACAGGAUAUUACACGGGGUGUUAGUGAGGGAGUGCAGCUGUACCAGGAUGUAGCAGCUGAACAGGACCCGGAUGACGCAGUUGGUAGACCACUGGUACACACUUCCGCUCUACAGCAGGCGACAGGCGAGGCCAUAUAUGUGGAUGACCUGCCAAAGGUUGAAGGAGAGCUGUAUGCUGCGUUGGUCGUGAGUACAAAAGCACAUGCCAAAAUAGUGUCUAUAGAUCCUACAGAGGCACUACGCAUGCUUGGGAUCAUCGACUACGUCAGCGUAAAGGAUGUCCCCGGCGCUACAACGUGGGGUGUGGUCGUACCCGAUGAAGAAGAAAUAUUUGCAUCUGAAAAGGUGAUAUUUGAAGGCCAGGUGAUCGCAUGCGUAGUAGGAGAGUCUCAGCAGGCAGCGCGGAGGGCAGCCAAGAAGGUCAAGGUCGACUACGAGGAACUUAAACCAAUAAUUACAAUCAAGGAAGCAAUUGAAGCCAGUUCCUUCUACGGGUCUGAGGUAACCAUGGCAAAUGGUGACCUGGAACAAGGUUUCGGAGAAUCCGACCACGUUAUCGAAGGAGAGGUCCAUAUUGGUCCCCAGGAACAUUUCUACCUGGAGACUCAGGCGGUUGCAGCCAGACCCACCAAUGAGGAUGGUGGGAUGGAGAUCAUCUCUAACUCGCAGUUUCCAUCAGGGACACAGCACAAAGUUGCAGCAGCACUGAAUGUCCCAGCAAACCGAGUGGUGUCCAGAGUGAAGCGAUUAGGAGGUGCAUUCGGAGGCAAGGAGGUUUCUACGACUCACAUAAUUCUCCCCGUAGCUGUAGCAGCAGCAAAAUUGAACCGGCCGGUCCGGUGCAUGUUAGACCGAGACGACGACAUGGUGAUGACAGGGACAAGACAUACCUAUCUGGCCAAGUACAAGGUUGGAUUCACGAGGACUGGACUGGUCAAGGCGCUCGAGGUCAAUCUCUUCUCAAAUGCCGGAUGCACUGAGGAGAAUUCACAUUCAGUGAUGGCCCGUUCUCUCCGCUCCAGCGACAACGCUUACAACAUCCCCAGCAUCAAGGUGACAGGGUAUGUGUGUAAAACUAACAUUGCCUCGGCAACAGCAUUCCGGGGUUUCGGUGCACCUCAGGCGAUGCUGGUGACGGAGACGUGGAUGGAUGCUGUAGCUGACGUCGUAGGGAGAUCACCUGUUGAUGUACGUGAAAUGAAUCUGUACAAGGAAGGUCAGUUGACCUACUAUGGAAUGGAGGUCAAGAACGUCAAUGUCCGGCGCAUGUGGGAACAAUGUCUUCGUCAGUCAGAAUACGUCGUUAGACGACAGUACGUGGACGACUUUAACAGCAAACAUCGUUGGAAGAAGAGAGGACUGGCGCUCAUACCUACCCAGUACGGAAUUUCGUUUGGAGCUCCCUUGGACUUUCUGAACCAGGCAUGUGCGCUGGUAACGGUCUACAUGGAUGGCUCGGUGAUGCUUGCCCACUGUGGAACUGAGAUGGGGCAAGGGCUGCACACUAAGAUGAAGCAGGUGGCCAGUCGCUCCCUUGGAGUCCCUGCACAGGACAUUUACACCCAGGACGUGUGUACUGAUAAAAUCCACUUCACAAGUGGCACCGCCGCCAGCACUGGGUCUGAUCUCAAUGGGGGCGCUGUUCAGAACGCCUGUGAGAUCCUCUCUGAGAGACUGCAGCCAUAUAGGGACGCCAACCCUAAAGGAACGUUCAAAGAUUGGGUAACAGCCGCCUACUACGACCGGAUACAUUUGUCGGCAACGGGAUUUUACAGAACAGAUAAGGCGGGAUUCGACCACACCACAGGGAGGGGCAGCUUCUACAAUUACUUCACAACUGGAGUGGCGUGUUCUGAAGUGGAGAUCGACUGUCUCACCGGCGACCAUCAGGUAUUACAGACUGACAUUGUGAUGGAUGUUGGCAAGAGUCUCAAUCCUGCAAUUGAUAUUGGUCAAAUAGAAGGAGCGUUUAUGCAGGGAUACGGGCUGUUCUGUUUAGAACAGCACAAGACCACGCCAUCUGGAAGUAUCUUGACACGGGGACCAGGGACCUACAAAAUCCCCAGUUUCAGGAACAUUCCGAUAAAAUUCAACGUCAGUCUAUUCAAGGAAAGCUGCAACCCAAAGGCUGUGUACUCGUCUAAGGCUAUCGGUGAACCGCCUCUGUUCCUGGCGUCGUCGGUGUUUUUCGCCGUUAAGGACGCCAUCAAGUCGGCGCGAGAGGACGCUGGGGAGCGCCGUGAGUUCCGUCUUGACAGUCCAGCCACGCCCGAGAGGAUCCGCAUGGCGUGUCGGGAUCAGUUUACCAAACAGUUUCCGCCUGUCGAGGAGGGCACGUUCAGACCGUGGUAUGUGGAGCUUUGAAGAGCCAGGAACAUCGGACCUCCAACAAGAAUUACAUUUGAAACAAAGUCUGAUGAAUCUUAACUGAAGACUGGUCAUGUGCGCUCAUAAUAGAAACCUCCAGUAGUCUGAAAAUUGAACAGAAUCUCUCUGACAGUACUAGUUUUCAACGAAAGUUCACCUUCCAAUUGUUUUCAACUAAAGUUUAACCUCCAAUAGUUUUCACACCAUCAUCAACACCUUCAGGGUGUAUUUUACUACAUAGAAACAAAUUCUCAUGACUUCUUUUGACAGCUAAAGAAAAUAAGAAACGACCCUCAAAUAUAUAUACUCAUGCCAAUAAUGGUUGUCACCCCCUUCAAUUUUAUUGGAGAGGGGUUGGGGGUUGGGAGGGGGGUGACAACCAUUUUUGGCAUGAGUAUAUAUGCAUGUCGGAUGGAUAAUAGUGUACCGCGAUUUAAGUUGCGUAUGAUCCUCAAAGUCAAGGUUAUGUUUGCACGUUCGUUCUCGGCCUAAAGGCAUCAAACCAGACCCUCGUGCAAAAGCAAUCUCGACAUUUAGGAUCAUACCCUACACUUCUAUCUCUAUAACCUGUAUCGGUCCGGCGUGGUAAUUCUUAACUUAUACAGAGACACGUAGAUGUACGUGAUUCUGUACAUAGAAGACCUUAAUAAGAACCUACAUAGAACAUAUUGGCUUGGAUAUUGCUUGUACAUUAGUCAUGCGCAUUAUUGCUUGUACAUUAUUCAUGCGCAUACAUGACAUAUUCAGACAAGAACAAACAAAGGUGGACUGUAAAGAUUGCUAUGUCACAAAAAAAUACUUACGUCAAUUAUGCACGACGAUAACGCACAAGUACGCAACGUACACAUAAGACGUAACACUUAAUCCACGACCUGUAAUCCAACACAUCAUAGCCUGGGACCCGAACCACACAACGUUCGUAGCGCUACGACAUUCGUAAGCCUAUGAUAAACUGUAGAGUUACGACAGGUCGUAAGGUUACGAAGGCUUUGUGGAUCUGUACCCUGAACACUAGCACAAAGAAGGUUCGGAUGUAAUGAAAAUAAACUUUCCCCAAAUAAA